AUGUCGCGUCUCUUCCAGUUCGUGGCAACCUUCUCGCUGCUCGCAUUCCUGGUCGUGGCCCAGCCAGCGGAGCAGCAACAUGGCGCGCAGGCAGACGCUGCUGUGACGCCUGCGCCCGUGGUCAACUCGGCCGUACGCUCGAAUGCUUUCGAACGCGCAGACGCGGACCACAAUGGCGUCGUGGAUCAGCAGGAGUUUGCAGCCUUCUCCGACUCCAUUAAAAACGCUCUAGGCCCGUUCUUGGGCACUUUCCCGGCUGACGCUGGUGCUGCGGCCGCUGCUGUGUGGGGAACCGGGGCCCGACCCAAGCUACGCACUGGCGGGCCGCAGAAGUUUUGGUCCGGUUUCGUAAGCGGCAUCCUAACCAUCUGGGCCACUGAGAUUGGCGACAAGACCUUCUUCAUCGCGGCCAUUCUGAGCAUGAAAAAAGACCGCGUCGUGGUGUUCGCCGGCGCCAUCGGCGCGCUGAUUGUGAUGACGGUGCUGUCCGUUGUCAUGGGUGUAGUGGCCACCAAGUUCCUGCCCCCGAGCCUGACACACUACCUUGGUGGCGUAUUGUUUGUGGUGUUUGGAGUCAAGAUGUUGUACGACGCCAGGGAGAUGAACGCUGCGGGCCCGUCGGACGAGUUGAACGAGGUGGAGGAAAAACUGAUGGGCAAGAAAGACGACGAGGACACAGAAAACACAGAGGAGGGCCACGCCAAGCUGGAGAACACGACGGACAAUAUGAUCCAGGUUUUCUCGCAGACGUUCCUCAUGACGUUCUUGGCCGAGUGGGGCGACCGCUCGCAGAUCGCGACGGUGACGCUGUCGGCCACCAAGGACGCAUUCGGCGUGACACUCGGCGCUAUCCUGGGCCACUCGAUGUGCACGGGCAUCGCUGUCGUGGGCGGCAAGUUCCUGGCCACGCGCAUCUCGGAGCGGACCGUGACGCUUGUAGGCGGCGUCCUCUUCGUGCUCUUUGCGCUGCACUCGUUCAUCUCGGGUCCCAGUGUGUCUGAGUAAAGCUGCAAACUUGGCAUCAAGCAACCAGCAGAAUAGAUUAAAAAAAAGCGACAAGCUGACUGCAUUUGAUUC